GCGCUUCGGCGCUCGCUGCGGCCGGCCCUUGUGUCGCUCUUGCCACCUCCUGAUCAGCAGCAAGGCGGUACCCCUGGGUCUUUGUUGGCUGGCGCACACCGCCUUGUCCGGGCCCAUCAGCAGCUUGCUCUUGGCCUUAAGGCACCUACUGCUGCCUUGUUCCUUGAUGUCUCAUCUGCGUACUACCGCGUUUUGCGACAGUCCUUCGGGCAAGGGGACCUUGAGCAUGACGAAGACAUUGCUAAGCUGCUGGCGCUUCUCAAGGUGCCGCCUUCAACCCUGCAUGAGGUUUGUGAUUGGCUUUCUACCACGGACCUUCUGACAGAGGCCUCUCCGCACUGCACGGCUUUGAUACGAGUCUUCUUGUGUGGCACUUUCUUUCACAUUCAAGGGGCAGAUUUCCUGCAGGCUGUGCGUGCCCGUAUAGGGGGCUUGGCCACUUCCGACCCAGUUCUCGCCAGCCUUGAGUUGCCCAUCAAUAGACGCGUCUGUGAUACGGGUCGCUUUAUGCCGGAUGUUGCCCAGCAUGUAUCCGCGGCCUGGGCGCAGGUCAGGCCCCUGGCUAGGCAUGUCCUCCGGAACCCCGCGUUGCCUUUUGCAAAACGGCGGCUCAUCCUCAAUUCCCUCGCCUUCUCAGCUGCUUGCAGUACUGCUGCGACUUGGGGGCCGCUCAAUGGUCAAGAAACCCGGGCUUGGCGGACCGGUUAUGUCCGGCUCGUACGCCUGCUUGGGCGAGACGACAGGCACACGGGCCAGCCCUCCCUUCCUGCGGAAAUUGACGUCUGUAAAGCUUAUCGCUUCUCCUCCCCCCUAGCGUACCUGCGCGCUGAGAGGAUACUCCACGCUGCCAGACUUCUCCUUACGCAGAGCACGCUUUGGGACCUCCUCCGGGCGGCCUACCGCCUCCUGCCCGAGUCUUGGCUACAUGUCCUCCGGGAGGAUCUAGAAUGGCUGGUGAGCAUAUGCCCCCAGGCUGGGCCUUCUCUAUGCGACUUCCCGGACGGCUUUGCUGAACAGGCCUUGCACGCCCCCAGCGCCCUUCGCACUGCCGUUCGCAAGGCCAAAGCCGAUGUCCUGCAUUCCGGACACGAGCCGCUCUGGCAGAACUACAGUCCUGCAGAUGGCUUGCCCAUUGAUGGGAAUUUCCAGUGCGAGCAGUGCCCGGCAGCCUUUGCCACUGCUCAGCAGCUAUCG